CUUGUGAUGACAAGAUUUAAAUUGUUAUUGCACAAAUCUCAUGAUAGAAAAAUGUGUUUAAAGGUGGGAUGCAUCUGCAAACCUGAUCAUUUUUUCACAUUUACAUUCUUCAGAAAAGAAAAUUCUUAGGAGUUCAAGCAUAUAAUUUUCAACCAGCUGCUGUAAUGUGUUAAGGUGUCACCGCACAACAACAGUUUCUCAUGUGGCCAUUUAAUACUGUGAAGGUGGGUAAAAAAUGACGCAUCCUGUCAUUUUGGCAGGUGUUAGAAAAGUGGUUAAAUGGAGAUGGUUGAGCAUCAGAUCUGUGAGAAUCGCAUUCUCAAUCAAAGCUCCACCCACAAAUCAAUACUAUAAAAUUGGUCAGGUAUUGGAAGCCACUGACCAGAGCUUGCUGCCGACAGCCAAGGUUAGUCCUCUCAGUCCUCCUGUGUGUGCAACAGAUACUCUCAUUUAGAGUUCAUAUAAAAUUCUUCCUAGUCCUCACUGUAUGUUUAAAGUUUGUGUUGGCGGACUUUGUGUUUUUGUUCACUGUUUGACUCUUUCCUACAGAUGGCAAGGCUGUGGCAUCUCCUGCUCCUGUGCUGGACAUUCAGUCCUCUCUGUCUUACAUCCAGGUCAGGCUUCACUGGGACACCACAGCAGUGCAAACAGGCUGACUUUGUCCCCGGUUACAACCUUGGGGGAGAAGGUCUUGACAUCGUCACCAUGGAGAGGAAAGCUGCCUAUGUCAUCGACACCGAAACCUGGAACCUCGGCAAUGGCACCUGCAGGCUGUACCCAAACAGCUACAUGAACAGGAAGAACCAGAAAGUCCCGGUUUCUGUUGUGGACUGGAGAAGUUUGUCCAAGUGCAACCUGAAGGUCUCGAGCAUAGUCUACGAUUCUGCUGAAACCCUUGUUAAUGAUUCCACAUCAUCCGUGUCCAAUGACUGGAAGGUCGGCCUCGACAUCCCGGUAGACCCUUCAGUCAAGAUUGGGGUUGGUCUUGGAGGUUCCCACUCCAGAGCAGCAGAAUUUGCCAUGAAAAAGUCAAAAAAAGACCGCUACAACUUCUUUCGCCAUUCCAUCUACUGCAGCUUCUACAGCUACAGGCUGGUAACAAAUCCUCCUCUGAGUCAUGACUUUCAAUCAGCUGUGAACUCUCUUCCCCCCUACUCCUUUAAAACUGGGGUCUCCUAUCGUAACCUGAUUGACACUUAUGGUACACAUUACAUUACACAAGUGUUGCUAGGAGGAGAAAUCAAAGCAUUCACUUCUGUCAGGACCUGUGAGGCAACUAUGAACGGAAUGACGGCGACAGAAGUCAGUGACUGUUUGUCAGUCGAGGCCUCAGCGACCUUUGCACAGUCUGCGAGUAUUGAAGCCAUGACAAAACACUGUGAGGCAGAGAAGAAGAAGCUUGGCUCUGGUCAAAGAUUUAGCAGUGUAUUUAAUGAGCGUGAGACAGAGGUGACUGGAGGAAACAUCGAUGGAGCCGAUGUCCUCUUUCAAGGCCAAUCCAACCCCUCUGUCUAUAACAGCUGGCUGAACUCACUGAAAACCGCACCCGAUGUCGUCCGAUACAACCUAAAGCCUCUGCACACCAUCCUGCCAAGCGGUCAUCCUGCCAGCGCUGGGCUGAAGCGAGAGGUGGAGCAGUACAUCAAGAACAAUGCCGUAGUGAAAAAAUGUUCUGAGUCCUGUCUGAUUGGGCACAGAUCCAGCAAGAGGGAUCCUUGUGCUUGUGUCUGCAACAGUAACCAGAAUGUCAAGUCAAACUGUUGUCCUGCUGGGAAAGGUCUCGCAACACUGAAAGUAUUCAGGCUUUAUGCUCAGGGUCUGUAUGGUGACAAGUGGACUCAGACAGAUGGUUCAGUGGAGGUUAAUUAUGAUGGUCAGACAAAGCGCACAGUCAUCAUUAGUAACAACGACAACCCUGCAUGGUCAGAAAAGUUUGAAUUUGGACAGAUCAAAAUUAACAUGAUGAACAAACUCACAUUCAGGGUUUAUGAUGAGGACACUUACUGGAACAGCGAUCUGAUUGGUAGCUGUUCAUUCGAUCUCCGCAGUGGGAAGGUGACAGACAGCUGCAUGUUUAACCAUGGCACCUUCUUCUUUUCCUACGUAGUCGAGUGUGCACCAAACCUUAGUGGACACCAGUGUCAAGAGUACAGCCCUUCACCCAUGAGUCCAUCUUUGGCUGAGGUCUUCCACACCAGAAACGGGAUUCUUGCUGGAAAGUCAGGCAUGAAUUCCACUGCAUCAGUCAGUCAGGCAGGUUGAGGAGAGCUGGUGCUGAUUAGAGAUGAGAGGAGAAGAGAAUAAGAGUUUUUUGCUUGUAGUUUGUUGAAUUCUUUCUUUCAAUAAUCACACAUCCUUUCAGAAAGUCUCAAAAUGAAUCCAUUUAUGUGCUCACAAGAACCUAUAAUCCACUUUUUUAUGUUUCUUUCCUCUUUACUCUGAUAUCUAGCAGCAAUAAAGCAUCCACAAAGACAAUAAAUGUGUCAGUGAGAUUUUUGUUCAUGUUUGUGGUUUAACUGUCUCGUAUAUGAAGGAACUGAAACCAUUUUGUAACUUUUAUCCUGUCUACCUCUUAUAUUAGGUGCUCUAUCAGGAUUUUCAUUCAUUAAAACUGAACUGGAUGUUUGU